CAAAGCUUAACAUUGAAAUUUGUGAUUUCAAAUGAUUAAGUUAAAUUCAGAUAGGCAUGUUAUGUGCUCUCUAACACAAACAUAAAAUGUGUUGUUAUUGCUGUAGACCUUUUAACAGAUCUAGGAGCAGUUGACCUCCACAGAAUGUUAACAUUAGCCACUAAUAUCUGACUUCAGUACAGUCUAUAGCUGUUUGUUCAUUAAUACUUAUAUGUGGCCUUAAUAUACAGCAUAUGACCUGGUAAAGGAGAGGGGGAUGGGAGGCUGCUCAAUGAUUGGCUGUAGUGUAGGGUGUGUCAUACAAUGUAUCAAAAUUUCAACUGCUGGCUGGAAUUUUCACUCAACUGUACCACUAAUAUGAACCUGUUCUACAGACUCUUGUAGACUACUAUGCACUGAAAAACAGUUAAUGUUACAAAUCAAAGCUUAACAUUGAAAUAUGUGAUUUCAAAUGAUUAAGUUAAAUUCAGAUAGGCAUGUUAUGUGCUCUCUAACACAAACAUAAAAUGUGUUGUUGUUGCUGUAGACCUUUUAACAGAUCUAGUUGACCUCCACAGAAUGUGCACAUUAGCCACUAAUAUCUGACAUCAGUAUAGUUUAUAGAGGUGUAUCUGUCUGUCUGUGUCUUUCAGUUUCUAUUUAGACUACAUCAAAUAUGAAGAAGCUGUGCAGCCACACCAUGUUCAACAUGUUACCUAAUUAGCUAGCUAGCUGACAAUCUGGUUGACCUGUAGCAUAUAAACAUUUGUUGGCACAGAAAGAAAGGGGAUAUGAAAAAUGAUUGAUCAAAUUCCUCCUGCCACUAUCUGACUGGGUUAAUAACUUAAUAUUAAGUUAAUAUGGACCCAUUGUCUUAGACUUGAACUCUUGGACCAAACAGUGGGACUCUGAUUUCAGCCAUAGGGACUUGUGACUCGACUCCUGACUCCAACAUUGGUGACUUUGACUCAACUCAGAGUAGCCAUAGGGUCUUGUGAAUUGACUCUGACUUUUGUGACUCAACUACAACACUACUGCCAUUGCAUGGCUACUACUACUGCUUCAACUACCAAUUCUAGCAAGUUGUACCCCAGGUUGGGUACACUUUUCUGCUGCUCCCUCAAAAGCAUUAAGCAGACAUUUUGAUUAUACCUCCCUCCCCAUAACUCUCUGUUGUUAAUAUCAGUAGGCUGUUUGAGUGGUCUGUGGGCAGGUAAUUCAUCUGAUUGCUGAUGGGUUAGGUUGCUAGAUCGAAUAUUAACCUGCCAUAAGCUACUUUUGUGUCAGCAAGUCUCCCCAGUGAAAAAUGUACAUAUCCACCACUCCAUCUCUCAUGUACAGACCAUUCAAGUAGCUGCACUUAACACCUCACUGAUACUGAUUGUGUAAGCUACAAACCCAAAUUGUCUAAGGAAAUGUGGCUAACAGUAAUAACAUUGCAGACAUAUUCAGAAAUCUGGGCUGAUGGAAUCAUUGUUAUGCAUAUCUACUGGCCAUAAUUUCCGCUUGAGGUCCUGCCCCUCCCCCACUGCAAAGUGCACAAAAGUACCAAACUAUCAAAGGUUUUAUAGGUCAACACAGUCCCCCCCCUCCCCUGUCCUUUGUAUAUUAUUUAUAUAUACUUGUGUUCCCAUAUGUACUUCCUGUAUUGAUUUGUUGUUAAUAAAAAUAUAAUAAUAAUAAAAGAUACACAGUUCCCCCUCCCCCAUGUUGCAGCAUAAAUCUCUGCCCAAGGUUGCCAUGUACACUAUUUUGUGGUUUAUUGAUGUACUUUUAAAACUUUGCGGCAGGUGAAAGGUUUUGGUCGCUAGGUGGAAGUUGUUAUACUACUUCUAUAUUGCAACGUUACCAACAUGGCAUUUUUAAAAAAUCAUUAAUUUCCCUGUAUUCUGCUAAAAUUGUGCUAGUGAAGGUGGGUUUUGAAGUCUGGUUUUGAGCAGACUCCUAGAAAUUUGAAAUUGACCUGGCAAGCCUGUCCCUGCCUGAGCGUGAUCACCACUGAAGUAGCUGUGCAGCACGUGUUUUAAGGAAGAGGAGGAUGGUUGCAGAUGUUUGCAUUCAUGCAAGAAGAUUUUUUAAGAUCUAAAACAUAAUGGAAGAUAAGAGUCCAGGAACCUACAAAGUAACCAAUGCGGCACUGCAGAGGCUAAGAAGGCGCAUGUAAAAUCUAAAGAAGCAUAGUUCAACUUGUGAGGCCAGAUUUGAAAAGGAAAAGAUAAAUCCCGAAGCGCAGAUGUCAGACACCGAGGCUGCCAGUACCUCUGAGGCUGCCAGUACCUCUGAGGCUGCCAGUACCUCUGAGGCUGCCAGUACUUCUGGGUCGAUAGUCAAUGUGUUGGAUGAUGCACCACCGUUGAUCAGAACAGACAGUAUAUACUUGACCAAAGCUAUGCUUGGAUACAAGACUGAUGACUCAAUAACCAGCAUUGGCAACAGUGUAGAUGGUUAUGUCCCAGGAUCAUCAGAGGAAGGCAAUUUUUAUGAAGAAAAUCUGACAGGAGAGAUGUCAGUGAUUCGGGCCAAAAAGCCAAUGACCAAGGGAAAGCUGGGGCAAAAGAGAGACUCACACGGAGAGAUGUCAGCGAUUCGGGCCAAACAGCCAAUGACCAAGGGAAAGCUGGGACAAAGGAGAGGCUCACACAGUGCCAAAGGAACAAAAAGGUUUUGGUCGACAAUAGAGGUGGAUGCAGUUGAAGAUUCCUUGAUGAAUUUUAUCCGAAUGGGAAAAAGGCCUGGAAAACAAGACUGUGAGAAAUGCAUUGCUGCUUCUCCCCAAGCGCUAGUAAACAGGGACUGGAGAGCAGUAAAGUUCUAUGUACACAACAAAAUAGUUGCAGAUCAGAGAUAAUAAGUGUAUAAGAUGCUUCUAUCUUGGUGUACCUCUGAGGAUUUAAUGGGACUUACUUGACUUAAGCUCAUAGGCAGUUGAUGAAUGUCCUCCAUCUCACUCUGUUUGGGGGAAGUUUUCCCAGGUGGGUUGUUCACUUUUGGAGUGACUAAGGUCUCAAGAAUACAAAGCCUGCUGACUUUGAAUGUUACAGAAAAAUAAAAUACAUUUUUCUAAACUA